UCGUCACUGGCGGGCUCGUGCGUCGCGGUGCACCUGCACUGUCUGCGCUGGUGCGGCUUUUGCCGGCUGCCGGCGCAGACGCCUCGGCCGCUGCGCGUCGCGCACGAGAUCUACCGCAUGUUUGCUCUCGCCGCCACAGGCAUCUACUUGUUGCAGGAAUGCAUCUACGCGUACCAGGAGCGCAACGACAUGGGGAAGCUGUCGCGGGUGAUGUUCCUGCUAUUGUGCCACAUCACAUCGAUUGUGAAGCAGGCGGUGUUCCACGUGGACGCGGACAGCAUCGACGCUCUUGUCGCCAGUCUCGACGAUGCGGCGCUGCAGGGCGGUUCGUCGGCAGCGAAUGAGCUUCUGUCGCGCCGCACUUCGACCGCCCGGCGGCUUCAGCGCGCCUAUUCGGGGAUGGCUGUGCUCACUUGCAUUCUCUGGCUGGUGCUAACGGCGGCACGGUAUGCGCGCACACGCACCGUCGACUUUCCCUUCUGGCUGCCAGCCGCCGCUGACGAACCUCAUCAAUUCGCGCUCGUGCUAGUGUACUCGUACUACGUAACGACACUGGUCGGCAUCGCCAACACAACGAUGGACGCUUUUAUAGGAACUCUUCUAGACCAGUACACGGCGCAACUCGAGAUUUUGAGGUUGGACGUGCAGGCUCUGUCGCUGCGCGCCGCGGACACGGAUGAGGCUAUACUUCUGGAGCUCUUUUAUGAGUGCCUCGAUCAUUACAACAAAAUUUGCACAGUUCCGCUCGCAUAUUCGUCCUCUCCCGACCAUGGAGAAUCGCUCGGCACAUACAGUUCGGCUCUCCUUCCACUGGCUGACUGUGAAGCAAUAUUCGGUGAUGGGAGUUCAACCUGGGGUUCCGGUGAUUCGGGAGACAGCGAUAAUGGUUCCGACGAGGACAGCGGUGUCAGAGACGACAGCGGCGAAGACGGCGGCGGCGGCGGCGGAGGUGCAUUUUUCAAACCAAACGGCAUCCUUGUAAACUUGAAUAUACCGAAAGGAGUGAUAAAUGCAGUUUUAUCUUGGUCUUCUUUCCUCAUUGGUAUUUGUCAGUAUCCUGCUUUCAGGUCCAAUGCCGACAUAAAUGGAGUGGGCUUCGCUUCGUGGAGCAAAUCGUCGAUCCUUGGGAUCGGAUAUGUGUCAGGAUCAUGGAUGAAGGUCCAUGUGAAUUGGGCGAGAUUCAGUACAAUGCCAGCCUUCUUUAUAAAUCCAAUUCCCAGCAGGGUGCGGUUGUCUGGUGACUCCGGUAGCACGAUGAAAUUAUUCUGGAAGGUACGGCCACCCAAAGUAACUGCUGCGUCAAACGAAGGCUUCAACGGCGUCCACGCUUUUCUCACCGUCGUACGAGGCAUUGCACGAGGCGAAGGUGUUGCAGCGCUGGCUCCCAAUUGUCGCCAGAAGACGGUCGAACUGGUCUUCGCUGAGAUUCAUCUUCUUUCGUCUCUACUUUGUGGUCGUCUUCAACUUGUACGUAGUCCUUCGUCCAGACCGCGUUACAAAAUUUUGAGGUUCUAUGUGGCCCUCGUUGGGCGCCAGAUUGUAGCGCUGGCGAGCGGAGGAGGAAUGAAAGAGGUCUCGGUGUGCAGGGGCGCGCAACUGGUGGCGCACGUGUUCGGCGACGCGACCUUCGUGCAGUUCGCCAUCGGCGGCUGGAUCCUCUGCAUGGCGGCGUACAAAGUCGUCAGCAUAAGCGUGCUGAGCGUGGAGUUCGCUUCGAUGCUGCUGUUCAUCAUGUGCAUCCUCACCGAGCUGUUCCUGUACUGCUACUUCGGGAACCAGCUCACCGAGGAGAGCGCGCGCGUGCAGCAGGCGCUGUUCGCCUGCGGCUGGGAGCGCUGGCCGCGCGGGGCGAGGCGCGCGCGCCGGGCGCUGCUGCUGGCGCGCGAGCGGGCGCAGCGGCCGCUGCGCGCCGUCGCCGCCGGCGUGGUGCCGCUCUCGCUCGAUACCUUCCUCAAGAUUCUGAAGUCAUCGUAUACGUUUUACGCAGUGUUGCGUCAGACGAAGUGA